AUGGCUUUGCUUAGGAUUUCCUCAACGCAGAAGCUCUGUACCAUAAUUGCAAUAUCAUUCGCUUUCUUUGUAGCCGAAAUUGCUGCUCAACGAUCUUAUCGGGUCACUCAACGUGAUACGUCGCCGAAAGCCUUCUCUUUCGGAUGGGCACGAGCUUCAUUAUUGGGCGCCUUUUUCAACGGUGUUUUUCUACUGGCUCUUGGUGUCUCGAUCUUUCUUCAAUCACUUGAGCGGUUUAUCUCUAUACAACAUGUUGAAGACCCGAAACUUGUCCUCAUUAUGGGAGCAAUCGGUCUUGUUCUUAACAUAUUUAGUGCCGUCUUGUUAGGCCAUGAUCACCACGGACAUGACCACAGCCAUGGCCAAAGUCACGAUCAUAGUUAUGAUCUUGAGGGUGCAAACGGCCACAACCAUCUUGGACAUGGUCACAGCCAUGAGCGUAAUGCAAAUUCAGGUGACGCAUCAGGGCUGGGCCUGGGCCAUAACCACGGGAUUACGCAUGAUCAAUUCCCAGCUCAGACACCAGGUCACUCUACGGUGCACAGUCAUCUUCCAGUCAAUAUUGAGACCGGAAUGAGUAGUAUUGAAAGUGCUGAUCAGACGCCUAUGACGCCCAUCAGUGCUCAUGCCGAUCAUCGUCAUAACAUUGCGACGCUCUCUUCGCCUGGCAGAGACCUUGGUAUGAUGGGAGCUUUGAUUCACGUCAUCAGCGAUGCCUUGAAUAAUAUCGGUGUUAUUAUCGCAGCGCUAGUCAUUAUGUUCGCCAAGUAUGAGGGUCGAUUUUAUGCAGAUCCAGGAGUCAGCUUGGGCAUCGCAGUAAUGAUCUUGAUCUCCUCAAUACCUCUGGUUCAGAACAGUGGGAAGAUACUAAUGCAGAGUGCACCACAUGGUGUGGAUUUCGACGACGUGAAACAUGAUCUUGAGAAGAUUCCGGGGAUCGAAUCAGUUCACGAGUUACAUAUAUGGCGCUUGGACCAGAGGAAAGCCAUCGCAUCGGCACACGUCGUAGUUUCGGAGAACAACAUAUCCAGUUUCAUGGAGAAUGCAAAAACCAUCAAGGAAUGUCUGCACGCCUACGGUAUACAUUCUGCCACUCUACAACCUGAACUUACCCAAUCUCGACCACCCACAUCAUAUACAGAAUCAACAGCUCCUCCCGCAGUGGAAACCACUUCCGAGCCCAUAGCACCCAGAACAUCACAAGACCUCACUGCGUCCAUUUCUGGCUCGUCGCUUAGAAGGCGACGCGUCGAUGAGACUGCUUGCCAAAUGGGGUGUGGGAGUCUUUGCAAGAAUUUAACGUGCUGCGCCGGGCCAUCAAGAGUACUAUAA